AUGUCCGCUAACAAGGUCAUCAUCUUUGGCGUCACCGGUGUGCAGGGCGCGUCGGUCGCGCGCGCCCUCCUCACCAACCCCAAGUUUAGCGUGUGGGGCGUGACCCGCAACCCGGCCUCCAAGUCGUCGCAGGAGAUGGAGAAGCUUGGUGUCAACCUCAUCAAGGGUGACCUGGGCGACGCAAGCUCGUACGCCGACGCACUCAAGGGCGCCGCUGGCGUCUUCCUCAACGUCAACUUCUGGGCCCAUUACAAGGGUAACAACGCCGACGAGGCACGUGACAUUGAGAUGGCGCAGUCCAAUGCCGCCGUUGAUGCGUGCAAGGCCGCCGGCGUCGGACUCGUCGUCUACUCGGCCCUCGAAAGCGUUGGCAAGUUCCCCAUUCCGCACUUUGACGCCAAGGCUGAGGUGGUAAAGUAUAUCAAGGCGCAGGGCGUGCCCGCCACGAUCCUAUACUCGUCGUACUACUUCACCAACCUCCUCAGUGCCAAGCUUGAGGAGCGCGGUGACGAGAUCGUACUCAAGCUCCCACUUCCCGACGAUACGGUGAUUCCCGCCUUCAACCCCAACCAGAUCGGCCUGUUUGCGCGCCUCGCCUUCGAGAACCCUCAGGAGUGGACCGGCAAGGACAUGUUUGCGUGUGGUGAGAAUGUGCGCGUCGACAAGAUCGCGUCGGUCCUCUCCGACCUCUCUAGCCGCAAGUACGUUACUAUGGGCGUGAGCCGGGACGAUUUCCUCGCCCUACCUGGCGAGAUGGACCAAGAACUGUGGCUCAACUACCGCGCCUUCGUCGACGGACUCAUGUCACGUAACCCAGAGGAGAGCCGCAAGCUCGUCCCCGAGGUCCAGGACUUUACGACCUGGGUCAAGGCGGACAAGGACGCGGUUGCCAAGUUUGGUCUGCGCUCGUAG